CUGUGGGAGUGGUACGCUAUGAGGGGGUGAGCAGAGGAGUGCUUGAACUGGGAGAGGGAGAGGGUGCGCCGCCGAGCGCAUCAGCCCGCGAGCCGCGAGCAAUACGCCAGGGUGAAACUCCGCCAAAGCCGGGAGUCAGAGACCCCCGGCUCGACCAGACCAGCGGCAGACAAUGCUCAACGUGGACCUCACCAAGCGCGUCAGCUCACGAGCCGCGAGCAAUACGCCGGGAAUAACACACAGCCACCGCUGCCGGGAGCCAGGCAACCUCCGGCUCAACCAGGCAGGAUGAUGACUCUGCUGACACGGGGCAGAAAGAGCUCUAGGACACAGCAAUCCAGGGAGGCUGCCGAAGACAGACGCCCCGACUUACACAGAUUUACUAGGUGUGGACUCUCAGAGACUCACUGUGAAGUCGUGGCCUCAGCUCUGAAGUCCAACCCCUCCCAUCUGAGAGAGGUGGACCUGAGUCACAACCAGUACCUGCAGGAUUCAGGAGUGAAGCGGCUGUGUGCUGGACUGGAGAGUCCAAACUGUAGACUGGAGACUCUGAGACUGAGGGGCUGCAGUUUGUCAAAGAUCAGCUGUGUUUCACUGGCCUCAGCUCUGAAGUCCAACCCCUCCCAUCUGAGAGAGCUGGACCUGAGCUACAACAAGCUGCAGGAUUCAGAUGUGAAGCAGCUGUGUGAUCUGAAGAAGAGUCCACACUGUAAACUGGAGACUCUGAGGUCAGUAGAGGGUUGGAGUGGGUCCAUGCUGGUUUCAGCAGUAUUAUAUUAAACACAGUUAGUAUCAGAGCAAAGAUCCAGUACUUCCUGUAAACCUCAGACCUUCUCAGUGGCUCAAAGAGGGGAAUGGUGACAGUCUUCAGAAGAGGACAGAGAGACAGACAGAGAGAACAGUCAGCCAAUCAGAUCAGAGAGAAGCUUGUUGAGAUCAUGUGUUUAAGUUGAUGUGAAGACGACUGUUGUUGUGUUCAUGUCUACAGGAAGUAAAGAUGGAUUACAGCUGUGUGUGUGCGUGUUAUAUAGCCUAUAGUGUUACAGUGAAGGAUGUUGGUAUUUGUUCUUCAUUCAGUCAUUUGUUCUAACAGACUCAGUAAAUCCAUCAUUAAAGUGAAUCCCUCUGUUUGUGCAGCCAUGAUGCGUUCAGGACUCUCAGCAGUUUAUUUACACUGUGUACUUGAGUGAAAUCUGCAGAGUAAACAGACUUGAUGUCCAAAGUCUCUACAGGUCUGUGAGCUUCCAGCUCAGUGUGUUCACUCCAACACGUUAACAUGAGAGCUGGAAGGAAGCCGACUACGCUACACAGCCGCUCCACUCUGCUCUGAACAGGAAGUCCCUACUAGUCUUUAUACUGGAUGUGCUGCAUCACUGACUGACAGCUGGUUUAUAACUUCUCUUGUCUUCUUCUC